AUGAGCAGUGCCAUCAAGAAACACUACGACUACAUUGUCAUUGGGGGAGGGUCCGGUGGUGUGGCCUCCUCCAGGAGAGCCGCCUCGUACGGGGCCAAGACUCUGCUGAUAGAGGGGAAGGCCCUUGGAGGUACGUGUGUGAACGUUGGGUGUGUCCCCAAGAAGGUGAUGUGGUACGCUUCUGACUUGGCGACGAAAGUGAUGGACGCAAACGAGUACGGUCUGUUCCAACAGUUCCCUCUGACUAGGGAGAACUUGACCUUCAAUUGGCCGCAAUUCAAGGAGAAGAGGGACGCGUACAUCCACAGAUUGAACGGGAUCUACGAGCGGAACUUGACCAAGGAGGGCGUCGAUAUCGCUUUCGGGUGGGCCAAGUUCAACAAGGACGGCAACGUCGAGGUCAAGAACAAGGACAACACGACGGACGUCUACUCCGCGGACAAGAUCCUGAUUGCCACGGGUGGGAAGCCCAUCCUACCUGCGUCGACCCCCGGGUACGAGUACGGGACGGACUCGGACGGGUUCUUCCGUUUGGAACAGCAGCCCAAGAAGGUUGUCGUUGUCGGUGCUGGGUACAUCGGGAUCGAGCUCGCCGGUGUAUUCCACGGACUGGGCACGGAAUCGCACCUUGUCAUUAGGGGUGAGACUGUGUUGCGUAAAUUCGACGAGUCCAUCCAGCACACCGUCACGGACCAUUACGUCGACAUCGGGAUCAACGUCCACAAGCUGUCUAAAGUGACAAAAGUCACCAAGGACCACACGACCAACAAGUUGACGGUCUACCUGGACAACGACGAGGUCAUCGAGGACGCCGACGAAGUGAUUUGGACUAUUGGCCGGAAGUCUCUACUCGGACUAGGGCUGGACAACGUCGGCGUCAAGCUCAACGAGAGGGGCCAAAUCAUCGCUGAUGAGUACCAGAACACUAACGUUCCCAACAUCUACUCCCUGGGUGACGUCGUCGGGAAAGUGGAAUUGACCCCAGUCGCCAUCGCUGCCGGCAGAAAGUUGGCCAACAGAUUGUACGGCCCAGAGCAGUUCAAAAACGACAAAUUGGACUACACAAACGUCCCAAGUGUCGUCUUUUCCCACCCAGAAGCCGGGUCCAUCGGGUUGAGCGAGGACGACGCUGUUGCCAAGUACGGCAAGGAGAACAUCAAAAUCUACAACACCAAAUUCACGGCCAUGUACUACGCCAUGGUCACGGAGAAAUCCCCCACCAGAUACAAGCUGAUCUGUGCCGGUCCAGAGGAGAAGGUCGUCGGGCUGCACAUUGUCGGGGACUCCUCUGCUGAGAUCCUGCAAGGGUUCGGUGUUGCAGUUAAGAUGGGGGCCACCAAGGCAGACUUCGACAACUGUGUCGCGAUCCACCCAACCAGCGCGGAAGAAAUCGUCACUCUAAGAUGA